AUGUCGACUGCCAAGGUUGACAUCGAGGCGCCUGUCACGCGACCUGUCUACAAGGUCUACAAGCGCCGCUUCUGGGGACUGGCCCAAUUGGUGCUGCUGAACGUCGUUGUGAGCUGGGAUUGGCUGACCUUCUCGUCCAUCUCCACCACGGCCGCUGAGUAUUUCGAUGUGUCCGAGAGCGCCAUUAAUUGGCUGAGCACGGGCUAUCUCUUCGCUUUCUGCGUUGCCAGUCCCGUCGUCAUCUGGGUCCUCAACAAAGGCGGACCCAAGCCAGCCAUCGUAAUCACUGCCACAUUGCUGCUCGUGGGGAACUGGCUGCGCUAUGCCGGCACCCGGGCCAACGGUGGUAUCUUCGGGCUCGCCAUGUUCGGCCAGUUCGUCAUCGGUCUGGCUCAGCCCUUCUGCCUGUGCGCGCCCACGCGGUACAGCGAUCUGUGGUUCUCCGACAAAGGACGUACCAGCGCGACGGCACUCGCAAGUCUGGCGAACCCGCUGGGCGCGGCAAUAGGGCAACUGGUGGACUCGAUAUGGGCGACUGAACCGUCUGAUAUCCCAAAUAUGGUUCUGUAUAUCGCCGUGAUCGCGACCGUCGCAUCCAUUCCUUCCUUCUUCAUCCCCGCUGCACCCCCAACGCCCCCAAGCGCCUCGUCAGCAAUCCCCCGCACGCCACUGAUCCCCGCAACGCGACAGCUCUUCGGCACUCUCGAGUUCUGGCUGAUCCUGGCCCCCUUCUCGGUGUAUGUCGGCUUCUUCAACAGCGUCUCCUCGCUGCUGAACCAGAUCCUCAGCCCGUACGGGUUCUCCGAGACAGACGCCGGCAUCGCAGGCGCCAUCCUGAUCGUCGUCGGCCUGGUAUCGGCGGCCGUAAUGUCGCCCAUCACAGACCGGUGGAAGCACUACCUCGGCUCGAUCCGCGUCCUCGUGCCCAUCAUCGUGGCCUCGUAUAUCGGACUGAUAUUCGCGCCGUCCAGCUCCGCCGGCAUUGCGCCCAUGUACGUCGUCAUGGCGCUGAUGGGCGCGUCCUCAUUCGCGCUGCUGCCCAUCGUGCUCGAGUACCUCGUCGAGAUCACGUACCCUUUCUCGCCCGAGGUCGGGAGCACCAUCUGCUGGACGGGUGGGCAGUUGUUGGGCGCGUGUUUCAUUCUUAUUCAGGAUGCGCUCAAGGCGGGCGACAGCGCCAGCCCGCCCUCGAAUAUGCGCAAGGGUCUGAUUUUCGCUUGUGUCCUGACGGUGAUCGUGGCUCCGUUGCCCAUGUCUAUCGGUUGGUUUGGUAGGACUGUCAGGCGCCGUCGGUGGGAUGUUGACCGUGGCGUCGAAUUGGAUGCGCCGGAGACCACCACCCCGCCGCAGGCUACCGGCGAUGCACCAAACGAGAAUAUUUCCCAUGUUGACUCGGGGAGCGUGAAGGACGCAUCCUGCAAGGAAGUCCGAGUCAAUACAUGA